GUGUGUGAGAGAGAGAGCGGGAGACGGAGAGAGAAAGCGAGAGGACUGAGAGCGUGGGGGGUGUUUGAGUUGCUGCUGCUUGUGCCGGUGAAGAGGAAAUAAUCACAGUGUUGCUUCCUCAUGAAUUAUUAAGAAGCCCCCCCAGCCUCUUUUAGCUUGAGCCAAAAUGCUGCAUUUUCAUCUGUGUCUAUAAAGCAAAGAAGAGGUUUGUUUUAUGUUUUUCUGUUGUUGUUGUUGUUUGUUUCCCUAGGUCUAUCACAGCUGGUAAGCAAGACUCGUAAGCGUGCCGAACAAGUGCUCAGAUGAGCAGUCCGAGCGCAGCACCACGAGCAUCAGCACAGGAGAGCUGAAACUGAGAGACAGAGGCAGUUCCCUCCACUGCACGCGACAGCAACGGCCGCUCUCGCUCUCGCUCUGCAUGCCUUUUUUUCCCUUGUUUUCUUUCUGGAGUUGAGAUCUUGUUCAUCAGAGCAACGGGAGUUAGUGGAAACUGGGGCUCCAAGCUGUUAUCCAAGCAUCCCAAACGCAGACCUGGCUGCCCACAUGCCGAUCGAAUUUGUUUGCAAAAUCAAAUUUGCAGAGGAGGAUGAGAAGCAGAAAGGCAACCAGGAUGGGGACAAAGAGAGCCUGAUCGAGGAGAGCUGCAGCCCCCCAACCAAGGACCUGGCCGGCUUUGCCAAUGCCAGCUCGCUCCAUGGGAUUAACCACAUCUUUGUGUCGGGCCGGCUGGGAGUCAGACAGACCCUCUGGGCUCUCGCGUUUCUGGUGUCCCUGGCUCUCUUUCUGUACCAGGCGGCAAAGUGUGCCAUCUCCUACCUGGAGCAUCCUCACGUCACGGCGCUGAACGAAGAGGCCACCCCGGAGAUGGUGUUCCCCGCCGUGACCAUCUGCAACAUCAAUCGCUUCCGCUUUUCUGCUCUUACUGACGCCGACAUCUACCACCUGGCCAACCUGACCGGCUUGCCCCCCAAAAACAAGGACGGCCACAAGCCCACCGAUUUGGAGUAUCCAGCGCCAGACAUGCAGGACAUCUUCAACCGGACGGGUCACCAGCUGGAAGAGAUGCUGAAGAGCUGCAACUUCAGUGGACAGAACUGCUCGGCCGACGACUUCACAGUGGUCUACACAAGAUACGGGAAAUGCUAUACUUUCAACGGCAACAAAUCAACCUCCAGGAAGACAAAGCAAGGAGGGAUGGGAAACGGGCUGGAGAUUAUGUUGGAUAUCCAGCAAGAUGAAUAUCUGCCUAUCUGGAAAGAGACAAAUGAAACAUCUUUAGAGGCAGGAAUCCGUGUUCAGAUCCACAGUCAGGAUGAGCCGCCCUACAUCCAUCAGCUGGGCUUUGGAGUCUCUCCGGGAUUCCAGACCUUUGUAUCCUGUCAAGAACAAAGGUUGACCUAUCUGCCCCAGCCAUGGGGGAACUGCCGCUCCACCAGUGAGCAGAUGAUCCCAGGUUACGAUACCUACAGUAUCAGCGCCUGCCGUCUGCGCUGCGAGACUCUUGAGGUUCUGCGUGAGUGCAACUGCAGGAUGGUGCACAUGCCGGGAGAUGCCGAUAUCUGUACUCCCAGCAAUAUCAAAUGUGUGGACAAAGCACUUGCACUGCUACAGAAAAGUUCAGGUGACACAUGCUCCUGUGAAACUCCCUGUAACCUGACCCGUUAUGGUAAAGAGCUGUCCAUGGUUAAAAUCCCCAGCAAGGGCUCAGCUCGCUACCUAUCUAGAAAAUACGACAAGUCAGAAGACUACAUCAGAGACAACUUUCUUGUUUUGGACAUUUUCUUUGAAGCUCUAAAUUAUGAAACAAUAGAACAGAAAAAAGCAUAUGACGUUGCAGGAUUAUUAGGGGACAUUGGCGGGCAGAUGGGUCUUUUUAUAGGAGCCAGCGUUCUUACCAUCUUGGAGAUUCUGGAUUAUGUAUAUGAGGUGAUCAAACACAGGUUGGAGCGUUUGCUCAGGCCACAGAGAGAUGACAAAAAGCAAACCCAGCAGCAGCAACAGGCCAGCACAGUCGCCACAGUAAACCUGGAGGAAAUGAAAGCUAAGGAUUCUGACGAGAAGAGCCGGAGCCACUCAGAGGGAGCUUAUGCUAACACCAUCCUCCCAAAUCACCAUCAUCACCACCGUACCCACCACCGAGUGUUCGAAGACUUUGCCUGCUAGGAAGCCGCCUGGCAAGUCUAGCGCUGUUGACGUCUGCAGAAUGCCCUCAGUGCUGAAGGUGGGCUCAAUGAAAGACCCUCAGAUCUCAGCGCUAAUCUCUCUCGCUGUCACCAGUUAAAGCUACAGCCAAAGUCGAACUCUAAACCCUCGCUUCUAACCGAACACAGGCACGGAUCGGACAUUACGGUCCAGCAGGAGACUCUGAAAUCCUGUCCUUUCCCCCCCCCCAUCUCGCAGGAAAUGACAUCAGUGGAAACUCUGCGAUUUCUACACCGAAUACCUUGGUAUUGGGCCUCUACUAUAUCAAGGCAUAGACUGCAUGACAUCUAGAGCCACUUUAUACUUCAGAUCAUGUUUAAAGCAUUACAUUCUUACUUUAUAUUUUGUCAGCUGUUAGUUUUAUUCGGUGAGUUCUUAUCUUGUGAAAUAUUAUAAUUCAGAUUAAUCUACAAAUGUAAAUGAUGUAUUUGAAUCAUGGCUAUCAACCCUUAGGAUCCAGAGGUUAAGAGAAAUAUCUUAACUCUGGUAUUUCACUGAAAUCAUGGGGACGGUGUAGAAUAGUUUAAGUGUUUCAGAAAAGUAAUUUGUAUCCAUCUCUAUUGGAUAUGUCUGGUAAAUGUUUCCUUUAUCUCAAAUGGUUUAACUUAAAGUAUAUUGAAUAAUCCACAAAUUUUGUAAUGUUAUUUAUAGAGAUGUAACGUGUGAGUGGUAAUGGGUGUCAUUAGCAGUAACAACAUAAUCUUCUUGUGAGGUUACUUCCCAUUGGAGAGCCAAAUGAUGCGUACAGUAAGCCCACCAGCCCACCAGAGCCAUUGCGGUAACCAUAUGGAAAAGGUUUGUUUCAUCCAUCCAUCAGCUGAUGGAUCCACUCUCCCAGACCUCCAAAAGUGUUUAAUAAAACAGACCUUAUGUUCCUAGUUUCACUUUUGAAUGAGACAGAGUGCAGCGGUUCCACAGAGAAUGAUAAACCAGGUUUGCUCAGCAUACUCGCAAACUAUGAGUAAUCUGAUGCACCGCAGCGUAUGGCUAGAUGUUUAAAAGUCGGUCGAUGAGUUUUUCUCAGGGUUCUUAGCUGUGAAAUGUCUAGCAGUCUCUUUGACAAAAGGCCAGAUGUGCAAAGCAUUUCAAUCAGAAACCACCGGCUGUUCUGGGUGUAAAAUUCAGCAGGCACUGACAAUUCAUAGACUAAAAACGUUUCCAUUUUCACUACAGUCCUAAUAUCACAAAUGCCGAUAUUGAAUUGGUGUUUACAGAUAUGGUUAAUAUUACUGUAAGUCAACUGUGUAGCACCCCAUUUUUUUCUUUCUUUCUUUUUUUUUUUUUUUUUUUUUUGACAUGUAUUACUUUGUGAUCACACAUUUCAGGUGCAGUUCUUCUCUGAUUAAUGCCUGAUUAUUAUUGGGUUCAUUUCUAAUUUAUUAUGAUGUGUGUAAGACAUGGUUUAAAGGUUGUGCUAUUAAAAUGAGCAGAACUUAUAUAAUAAAUACAUAUAAAAAUAUAUAAUUUCUUUUUUUUUAACUUUUUUUUUUUUAUUUCCCCACAUUCAGAAAUAGGGCACAACAGAAUUGUCUUAUAUCUGUGACAGAGCUGUAUAUCCUGUAUAGAUUAGUUGCUCUGUUGGGUAGAUCCUAUCAACAAGAGAGAUUUUGCAUCAUUUUCAUAUUUUCUGGGAUGCAUCUCGUAUUUGGAUGUCAUAUCCAAAACAUGCAGCACAUAGUCCAUCCAUAUGAAAGUAAUCAUGGUUAAUAUUGGCUUUUAAUAUUCAUAAAACUGUAUCACAGUGGCAUUUUUAAAGGUUCCCAGUCAGAGUCUUGAUGGCACACUGAGCCGGUUAUGCAUAAUAAUACAAUUUACUGCCAUAAAUAACUGUGCUGUCAGCAGUGAGACCAGAAGAGCUGACAUACUAGUGCAUGUCCAAGAAUUGCACUGGAACAAAUCACUCAGAUUUGAUUUGGCAUUAUCUGUCAACCUCAUGCACUUGUACAGUUGUAAAUUUCUGCAUUUGUGGCCUAUCUUACCUGUGCAGAAGGAAUUGCCCCAAAUGUUGAAAUGCAAUUGCGUGUGCACGAUUCACUGGUCUUUUUAAAAAGGGGACUAUCUUUUAUAGUCCUUGCUAUUAGGGUGGAAACUGUUUUCUAUGGAGCAGUUGACAGUGUUUUUGUGCAAUCCAGCAGGAAGAUCUGAUGCUUGCACACCAAUUAGACAUUUCUCCAAACUGAGCUCAAUGUUGUUAAGCAAUUGACACAGCUAUCUUUUCCUAAAUGUUUUGUACUGAUUCAUGAUUUCAUACAAAUUACAUCAUUUUCUUGAAACGCUACUGGUGAAAGAGAUGAUGGGCAAGAAAUUGGAGAAGAUGUAGGAAGAGGAAAGGGAAAUGAGAGAGCAAAAUUGGAGGCACAGCAGGAACAACCGGAGCAACUUGCGGUUUGGGACAAUGUCCAAUUCCACCAUGUAGCGUUGGUGUGUGAGUGGAUUAAAAAUCACCCACAUUUUGUUAUAGUGUUUCUUCCAGCAAAUUCUCCAUUUCUAAAUUCAGUUGUGGAGUAGUUUGUCUGGGGACGAAAAGUGUUCAACCACAACUUCUAUGCCAAACUGGAUUUAAAUGUAUUUACAACUUCAUUUUCUUGGAUCCAUAACUUGAGAAAACAAGAUAGAUCCCAGAAUGCAUUACCUGCAUUUAUUUUCUUUGAAUAACAAUUCAGGGUCACACUUUAGUGUUUAACUUAUGUACUUGUGUUCAACAAUGUACUUGUGUUCAUGUCGUGUUGCAAAACACUUUUGCUGCUAUAUAGAAUGGUAAGGUUAGGGACAGGUUUGGUGGUAUGGGUAGGUUUAAAGGUGGGUUAAUGGAACACUCCACUUUUUUUGAAAAUAGGCUCAUUUUCCAACUCCCCUAGAGUUAAACAGUUGAGUUUUACCGUUUUCGAAUCCAUUCAGUCGAUCUCCGGGUCUGGCGGUACCACUUUUAGCAUAGCUUAGCAUAGUUCAUUGAAUCUGAUUAGACCGUUAGCAUCUCGCUCAAAAAUGACCAAAGACUUUUGAUAUUUUUCCUAUAAUAUCAUUGCGACUGCUAAGCUAUGCUAAAAGUGGUACCGCCAGACCCGGAGAUCGGCUGAAUGGAUUCGAAAACGGUAAAACUCAACUGUUUAACUCUAGGGGAGUUGGAAAAUGAGCCUAUUUUCAAAAAAAAGUGGAGUGUUCCUUUAAGGUGUAAGGGAAGAGUCAACAGUGUAAUUAUAGAUGUAAUUACAGAUAUUAAAUACAGCUGUAAUUACAUGUAGGGAUUUUUUUUUUUUUUUUUUUUUUAAAUAUAAGUACAAUGUAAAAAAAAAAAAAUAUAUAUAUAUAUAUAUAUAUACAAGUGCAUUGUAUCAAAUUAUUUAUUUAAAUGUUAUUACAUAGUAGUUAAAGACACCUAAUAUAUAGUGGGACCAAUUCAGUAAAUUCCAUAAAUUCAACUUCCUGUGGAGUGUAGCCAAUUCAGUUCAAAUUCACAUUCAUGAACUGAAAGGUAGCAAUCUGAUUCUUCAGUACUGAAUUUAGCAUAAACCUGGAGUUUGGGUAGCUGUGUUAAGGGAUAGUUCACCCAAAAAUGAAAAUUCUGUCAUCAUUUACUCACCCUCAAGUUGUUCCAAACCUGUAUAAAAUUUACUACCAUAGUAGGAGAAAUAAAUACUAUGGUAGUCAAUUGGGGGUGAGAUCUGUUUGGUUACUGCCAUUCUUGAUGACAAAAUUUUGGGGUGUAUUAUCCCUUUAGUUCUAUAUUAAUAGUUAUUGAGCUUAGUUUGGAGAAAUAUGUAAAAUCUGUCCAGAGAACUGUAAUAUUCCUUUAUCUCAGGGGUGUCCAAUCCUGUUCCUAGCUGGAGGGUCACUGUCCUGCAGAGUUUAGCUCCAACCCCAAUUAAAUACACCUGAACCAGCUGGUUUUAGACAUUCUACUUCCAGGCAAGUGUGUUGAGGCAAGAUGGAUGACAGUGGCCCUCUAGGACCGAGUUUGGACACCCCUGCUUUAUCUGCUAUUAAUUCAUCUUCACAUGUCAUUUCCAUCCUGGACUGAUUGGGGCAGCGUUGAGCUCUGUGUGUAUUUUUAAAACUGUGCUACGCUGCUUUAACUUUGACAUGCUGUUCCUUUCCUCCCGCUUUUGCCAGCCAGAGCACCAUUUAGCUCCGAGAGGGGGCCAUAAAACGAGGCACUGAAGCAGCAUAUAGCGCAAACAGACUGUUGAGAUUUCCACACGAUUAAAGGCAUCAAGACUAAUCAGGCUAAUUACCCAUUACACUCCAGAACCUAAUGGACUGUAUACCAGACGACAGAGAACGCAUAAUACAGUUUGUACAAAGGUCUGCUGUUAUGACCGUGGUUUCUGUUAGAACACAUUUUAUAAAUGUAACGAUGGUACGUACUGCAGUCCAAUAAUAAAAUCUUGAUAAAUUAAUUGCUUUGCUUUUAUUCACUGAGAUAUAAGCAAGUCACACCAUGUGCUUUUUGAUGGCUUAUGAUUCCACUGGGGAUGCUGGACAACCUUAAGUGAAUGUUCUGGGUUGAACCCUCUUGACAGUAUCCAUAGCAAGCAUAGCAGAUUACCAUAGAAAAUAAUUUUGACUUGUCCUUCAUUUUACAAUAAAAAAUUUAAAAAAUUUACUUUUGCAAUGCAUAACCAGAAGGCUAAUGGGAUGCUUUAGACAACUUUACAACUGAAAUAACACACAUUUCUGUUAUUUACCAACAGAUCUCAUGAGAACUAUUUUACAAGGUGGCGAUUUUGCAUAAUUUUUAGAGAAGAAUUAAGCAUGAGGUUCCACCCCUAAACCUAACCGUCAAUUGGAUGCAAGCAGAUCGUACAAAUGAGAUCAUACAAAUUUAUAAAAUUAGUCACCAAUCUGCCAAAACUUAAAAUAUUAUGAAUUGCCAUGAGAGUGUGUUGGCUAUUUAACAAAAAAAAGAAAGAAAAAAGCAUUUUAAUAAAAAUACAAGCUGCAUAUUUCUGUCCAGAAUGUUUUCCUCACAUUUCCAUUGUAAGAAGAACAUUAAUAUAACCACAAUUUUUGUUUUUACAAACUAAAGAUAAUUUUCUGUGGUAAACAACAGCAUGACAAAGAUGCAGUCAAUAGACCCUGAAGAAAAAGUAUAAAGAAACAAAUGUUAAAUUUAAAAGAUUCAGCAUAAUAUAAAAUUUCAUGACAUCUUGAUCUAAAGUUCCCACAAUAUCAUCUAGAUAUCAACCACAAAGUUCAAAAUUAAGCAUUUUUAAGCACUUGUU